AUGGCGAAAUGUAUCUUCCCUGGGGUUGGAAAUCGUUCCGCUGUAAUCGACAUAACUCGUCCUUGUCCACCUGGAGAGUACCAGUGUCAGGACGGUCGAUGCCUAUCGUCCAAUUUAUUCUGUAACGGUCGUCCCGAUUGUCCUGACGGUUCCGACGAGUCUCAACGCUACUGUGGUGUGGAUGUGGUCGUCACUCCCGGUUCGAUUCGUACGAAGCCGUUCGAAAUGUUCCGAUUCGAGUGCAAUUCGUCUGUGCCGGGUACACAGCCCAUGGUUCUGUUUGAUGGUCUUCCAAUACAGUCGGAUAGCAGAUUUGUGGUCAUCCGACCGAGCACGGAACAAGUGGUUGUCAUGGCUCCGCAAGGUUUGCCCGAUCAUGGUGGACACAUCUUCAGAUGUGUUUCAGUCACCGGUUCUAGCAAAGAAAUAACUGUGGAAAUGGAAACUGAGUGUCCACCGGGACAGUACCAAUGUGAUGGUGGUCGCUGUAUUUCACCAACCUCGAUAUGCGACGGUCGACCUGAUUGUCCCGAUGGAUCGGACGAGAAUCCCGUCUAUUGUGCACUGGAUCUACUUAUCAUUCCCGGUUACAUCUACAUUCAACCACGUGAGGUGUUUGAGUUCGUUUGUGAAUCUCGUGCCGGUGGAAGUCCACCUCACGUUCGAUUUGUCGACGGGCGUCCAGUGGAAUCCGAUUCCCGAUUUACCGUAUCCCGACCCACCUCGCAUCGUGUUGUAGUUCGAGCGGAAGACGGGAUCGAUGAGACAGAUCACGAUACCAGAAUGAUAUGUUACACUGCGGAGGGUCUGAGCCGCGAGAUUGUCGUUCGUGUGCAAACCCGUUGCCCAUCCGGACAGCGACAAUGUCGCGACGGUCGAUGCCUGCCCGAGCACUACUUCUGUAACGGUCGUCCAGAUUGCGCAGACGGAUCGGAUGAGGACCCAGCCAUCUGCGGCACUAUCGGUGGUGACGUUACGGUCAGACCCGGAGCAAUCAAUGUGCGACUGUUCGAAUCAUUUCAGUUCGAAUGCAUCUCGCCCGUGCCCGACGUGGCUCCACAAGUCAGUUUUGAUGGGGAACCAGUGGAACGGUACGCGCAAUUCACUGUGUCUCGCCCCAGCACGGAUCGCGUGGUUGUUAACACGCCAUAUGGACUGUCCGAACCCGGUAUCCAUUUGUUCAGCUGUCACAUUGUAAACGGUACACCCAAAGAAGUAUUGGUUCGAGUGGAAGACGGCUGUGGUCCAAGCGAGUUUCGAUGUCGUGAUGGAACUUGUAUUCCCCGAUCGUCUGUUUGCGACAGACGUCCAGAUUGCCCUGACGGAUCUGACGAGUCCCGAUCCGAAUGCCCCGAUCAAGUGGUACAGGUCACUGUGCGUUUCACACCCAGCGAGAUCCGCGUGCAGCCGGGACGUCGCGUGCAUCUAGAAUGUCGUACAGAUGCUCCCGGAAGUAGUCCAACCGUACGAUUCGCUGACGGUCGACCAAUCAGUGAAGACUCGCGAUUUGUUAUCACCAGGCCGAACACAGAGACAGUGGUGAUCGAAGUACCGUACGGAUUUGAUGCGUCCACUCGUCGAGUUGUCCUCAUAUGUGAGUCGCCCACUGGAGAUAGCAAAACAUCGACAAUUCAUGUGGAUCAGGGCUGCCAGGUUGGACAACGACGCUGUCCCGGAGGUGAUUGUAUCUUUGUGGGACAAUUUUGUGACGGGAUUGAGCACUGUCCGGACGGAUAUGAUGAGCGACCGGAGAACUGCGCCAUCUGCGAUCCAAUCUCGGUGCCUUGUCAACCAGUUAACGGACAACAGCCAUCGGUUACGCACUUCCAAUUGCAUUGGCUUUGCGACGGAGACAACGACUGUGGGAAUGGAUUUGACGAGCUGAACUGCCGAAACGAUACCCGCCAUUUGGAUCCGAGCUGUGGCUCAACACACUUCCAGUGCACUUCAUCACCGUAUCAACACAUCCCAUUCUCCUACUGGUGUGACGGUACCAUCGAUUGCCGUGGUGGUGAAGAUGAACAGGACUGUGCACGACCGGCGAUUGUUGAAUCCGGUCAUCGGGAACCGUAUAAGGUUCGUCCCGGUGACACACUGGUCCUCGAAUGUGAAGCGUCCGGCGUUCCACCACCGAUGAUUAUAUGGCGUUUCAACUGGGGCUGCCUUCCUGAUGUUGCUCGAGCGCGGAUCGAAGUGGUUCCCGGACGUUCCGAUUGUCGUGGAUCACGUAGCCGUUUGACAAUUACCGGAUUUCGUGCAGGCGAUGAUGGAAUUUACAACUGUGAGGCGUUGGCUUACAGUCACCGUGCCAUGUCACAAGAUAUCCUUGUGCUGCUGGACGAUUAA